CUAUUGACUUUGAAGAUUUCAAGCUUGCUUCCUUCCAUUAUUACUUCAGAUUUCUCUUGUAUAUGUAUGCGUUUUACGUUUGUUUUAUCUUCUACUAGACUCGGAAAUCUAAUGGCCAUUGUACAAGUUUUUUUGGCUUUCUUUCUCUUGCAGCAUGUUCCUUCUGUACUUUCUCAAGCUCCAAACACUGAAUUCAUCUUCAAUGGAUUCAAUGGUAGUGAUAGUGAGAGGAAACUUAUCUUAGAGGAGGCUUCCAUUUUCAAGCCUACUGGUGCACUUAGGCUCACAAACAAUUCCCACAAUGUUAUGGGCCAUGUAUUCUAUAACCAAUCUAUACAAAUGAUUGAUAGAACCUCUUCUAAUUCUUCAAAUGCUUCCUCUUUCAGCACAUCAUUUGUUUUCGCAAUAAAACCGCCGAAUCCCGGCCCCGGUGGUCAUGGCAUCGCCUUCACCUUGUCGCCCGAACCACAGUUUCCCGGUGCUCAAGCUGAUCAUUAUCUUGGCAUCUUCAAUUCUAUCAACGAUGGAAAAGCUUCGAACCAUGUUUUCGCUGUUGAAUUCGAUACGGUUAAUGGGUUCAAUGACCGUGUGGAUUCUAAAGGAAACCAUGUUGGAAUCAACAUCAACAGCAUGACCUCCUACGCAUCAGAACCGGCUUCUUACCACACCAGCAACACAAAUAAAGAGGAUAUUUGGUUGGAGAGCGGCGAUCCGAUCCACGCUUGGAUAGAGUAUGAUGGUUUAAAUAAACUUGUGAAUGUAACAAUAUCUCGAUUAGAAAUUGAAAAACCAGGGGAACCUCUCCUCUCCUAUGGUGUCGACUUGACUUCUAUCAUUAAAGAGAAGAUGUAUGUUGGCUUCUCUGCCUCCACAGGACAGAAAGUCAGCUCCCAAUACAUCUUGGGAUGGAGUUUUGCGUUGAAUUCAACUCAGGCUCCUCCAAUCAAUGUUUCUAUGCUUCCUGUGAUUCCAAAUGAGAAGAAUUCCUCUAAUUACAAGCCAUCUACCAUUUUACUUAUAUCGGUUUUCUCUAGUGUCAUCGUACUGCUGUCAGUAUCGGGGCUUUUUGUGCUAUACAGAAGGAGGACAUGGGAUGAGAGCCUCGAAGAGUGGGAAUUGGAUUGUCCUCGCAGGUUCAGAUACAGAGAUCUGUACAGAGCAACAAAGGGUUUCAAAGACAGUGAGAUGGCUGGAGUUGGCGGAUUCGGUGUAGUUUACAAAGGAGUGUUACCCAAUAAUGGUACUGAACUUGCUGUUAAGAAGAUUAGUCGUAAUUCAAUUCAAGGUUUGAGAGAAUUCGCGGCAGAGAUUGAAAGUUUGGGGAGAUUAAGGCACAAGAACUUGGUCAAUCUUCAAGGUUGGUGCAAGAAAAAAAAUGAUCUUCUUAUAGUGUAUGAGUACAUUUCAAAUGGAAGCCUUGAUUUUCUCCUCUUCAACCCACCAAAUGGCUUUGUUUUGAGUUGGGAACAAAGAUUCAACAUCCUCAAAGGCAUAGCUGCAGGGUUGCUGUAUUUACAUGAAGAAUGGGAGCAGGUUGUGAUUCAUCGUGACGUGAAGUCGAGCAAUGUACUCAUAGAUGCUGAUAUGAAUGCUCGAUUAGGCGACUUCGGUCUAGCUAGAUUGCAUGAUCAUGGUGCAUUGUCACAAACUACUAAUGUUGUUGGCACAAUUGGGUAUAUUGCUCCUGAAUUGGCUCGGACCGGCAAGCCUUCUACGAGGUCAGAUGUGUUUGCAUAUGGGGUUUUGCUUCUUGAAGUGGCUACUGGAAGAAGGCCUAUUGAUUCAACUACAUUCAUAUUGGUGGAUUGGGUGAUGGAGUGCCAAGAACUAGGUCAAAUUCUGGAAGUGGUAGAUCCGCAGCUCGGCUCGGAUUAUUCAGUUGAAGAGAUGGAGUUGGUUUUGAGGUUGGGGCUACUUUGUUCUCACAAUCAACCAGAAGCUAGGCCUACCAUGAGAGAAGUCACUAGAAUCUUUAAUGGGGAUGAAAAUCUUCCAGAGACUGCUUUCUCUAGCUCCAUGGAUUCUAGAUGGAGUGGAAGAAUGACCUCAAGAUACAUAGAAGCAGCUUCUUGCUCUUCUUUUGGCAUAUCUUUUAAUUCUAUAGAUGCAGGCAGAUAGGAUCCAAGUCCGAGUAAUUCUAUGAUCGAAAAUCAUAAAGCUCUCAGUAGUUGGUAUCCCAGUUGGUCGAUACAGAUGAUUAAGUGAAUUCGUGGAUUUCAUAUGUCUCACAUGAUGCACAUGAAAUCUCGUGUAUAUAACUCAAUGGUGAGGAUAAUUGGAAUAUCAAUUUAUUAAAAUAGAAGUUACGACCUAUUUUAAUAAGUUGACUUUGUAAAGGUAUUUUUUAAUAAGUUUACUUUGUAAACGUAAUUUAAUAAGUUUCACUUGACUUUGUUAUCAUUCUUACUACGUCUUCUAUUG